GAAGCUCAUUUUCGAACGACCCGUGUUUCAGAGUACAAGCGAAUCAUUUGGGACCUCGUGCGAAGCCGGGAUCUGGGAUUCAUUUUCUGACAUUUACCCUUAGGAGGUGAUCUGCGCGAUAAAAGUUCUUCAUGGGACCCCGGGAUGCCCUCGUCGCUGGGUUGGUUCUCGUGGCGCAUUUCGGUCUCUCCGUGUGCUCUGAAAUGUCUUGUGCUGAGCAGCUCAGCUGCCUAGUACCGAUCUGCCACUUGGAUUCGAUAUGUGUAUCUACCAAGGAUAUCGAUGAAACCAUAAUGUUCACCGUGACACCCGAGAAUUUGAAUGAAACCAUCGUCGAUCAGGUACAGCGAGUUCUCAUGGCGAGCGCUCUUGAGUCGCUGGAGCCCGGUCCGGGUCCCGAACCCACGGGUACGACAUCAAAUCAGCCGGAAACGACGAGAGUAGUAGCCACCGGAGAAUCGAACGGUUCAACGGUAUGGGUCUCAGAUGCCACGAGUGAUCCGAGCUCUGAACUCACGACCCGAGUGGCUCCGAUCAUGUCCACCGUCAGCAUUGCGUCGGACCGGAAAUCGACAUCUUCGGCGGAACGCUUCACAGAGACCGGAACAGAAACAGGAGCAGACGCGAAAAUUUGGGGACCUCUGAAGUCUACGACGCGACCAGAAUCUGAGUUGGGAACGGCACCACAGGCAGAGUCUUCUUCGGGAUCGAGCCCAGAUGUCGAGACCGAAGAAGCCCAGCAGCCGAUAACGAUGACCGGGGCAACAAUCCGUUCUAUGGAAGCUCAACGAAGUACGGAAUCGCGGCUCGAAACUUCCGCCGGGGCCGGAGCAUGGACCGGACAAGGAUCAGAACCAGAUGGAACAUCGAUCGAUCCCACCGUCGAUUGGGAAGAGUCGAUGAAAAAUCGAGAUAAAAUCAAAAUUUUCUUCCUCCGAAAAAGCGAGAAAAUAUCGGCGACGCUCAGAACAGCGUGGAAUCCCAUCAGCAUGGUGAUCUAUCUUGGAACAGACAAGGUUCUCAGGAAAGCCGAGAUCCCGCUUGAAGGCAUUCAACUCAGGUCGCAGCAGGCUAUCGAUCGAGAUGGGCUCCUGAAGGAUUUGGGCAUCCAGAUCGGCGUCCAUCAGCCCAAGACGAGCUCGAAGUCGGGCGCUGUCAUCACGCUGCUCAUCGUAGCACUAAUGGUCACGGUCAUGAUCGGUCUCGCCAUCCGAUUGAGUCCCGUGGCGAGGAAAUAUUUGAUUAAGGAUGAGAAUGCGACUGAGGCUCACGAAAUGGGGAGCGUUCAGAGCGCCUGA